AUGGUUGGUUACGUAGGGCGCUCCGAUCCGACCCAUGUCCAGGCGGCGGCAAUGGAGCCCGCGGAGCUAGCCAAGAUCAUCUUCUCCAGGGUGCAGGAGGUGGAGCCGGACAACGUGAGCAAGAUCGUCGGCUGCAUCCUGCUGCGGGAGCCCGACGAGGAUGAGCUGGUGCACCUCGCCUACGCCACCGACGCCGCGCUGCGCAACACCAUCUACGAGGCCAAGGGCACGCUCGCCGCCAUCUACGCCCGCUUCUCCGCCUCCCCCGUCCACCACUACCACCAGCCCAACGGCGUCGGCUACCAGCAGGUCUGCUCCCACCCCGCCGGCCUCCGCCAUUUCUCCCCCGCCGUCCAGUACUGGCCGCCGGACUCCCCGCCGCCGGCGGAGAAGGAGUACGCCUUCGUCGACGCCGCCGCGGCCGAACCCCACUACGGGCUGCGCGGCGGCCGGCACGGAGCGCUCGGCGACGGCGCCCUGGGCGGCGGCGGCGGGGGGUACUACUCCGCCGCGGGCUUUCCUCCGGCGACCGGCCGGCGGUCUAACGGGGUGUCCUCGAGACGGCCCUGCCACUACUUCUUCAAGGGCAUCUGCAAGAACGGCCAGAACUGCCACUACUCGCACCACCAGGUGUACACGGACGGGUUCGCCGUCGACCACCACAUCCACGGGGGCGCCACGCCGGGGUCCCUCGAGAGCCUGGAGAUAGAGAUCACGGAGCUGCUCCACUCGCGGCGCGGGCAGCCGGUGUCCAUCGCGUCGCUGCCCACGCUCUACGGCGAGAAGUACGGCAAGGGGCUCCAGGCCGACGGCUACCUGACGGAGAGCCAGCGGCACGGCAAGGCCGGCUUCAGCCUCACCAAGCUGCUCUCCCGCCUCAACAAGAUCAGGGUGAUCGAAAGGCCGCACGGGCAGCACUCGGUGGUUCUCGCCGAGGACGCCGCCAAGUACUCGGAUUGCCGGAGCGACAGGGGAGGGGAGAUCCCGGCGAGCUCGCAUCAGAUAUACCUCACGUUUCCUUCCGACAGUAACUUCACCGAGGACGACGUCGCCAAUUAUUUCGGGCAGUACGGGCCGGUGCGUGACGUUCGGAUCCCGUGCCAAGACCAUCGAAUGUUCGGGUUCGUGAGCUUCCAGAACCCGGAGACUGUGACGGCCCUUCUCAUGCGGCGCAACCCGCAUUUCAUCUGCGGAUCACGGGUCCUCGCCAAAGCCUACAGAGAGAAAACCAAAUGCAUCAAUGAGAGGACCAACAACAAGUCGACGACGCAUUGCUAUCCUCCACGCUGGAUCGAGACCGAUCCAGAGUUCUAUCCAGACCAGUAUGAUUCUCCAAGGCUGGAGAGGAGGCAACUGGCGCGCGACAGGCAGCAGCUGCUGGAGCUCGAGAGGAGGCACCUGGCCGGGCUCCGAGUAGUUGAGCCGCAGUGCGCCGCCUACUUUGAUUGCAGCAUCGGGGACGUCGCUCCCUUCAACUCCCACUCCCAGUCCCAAUCCCAAUCCGCAGGUUCCAAGGAAGUGGGACGGACGAUGGAUCCCCUCUCCACGGCUGAUCAACUUGAUGACAUCGUCUCAACCAGCCAGAGCCAGGCCCCUCCCAUACAGGCAAACAACAACUACGACGACCAAGAGAGCAACCAGAUUGAACUCCUCCCGGAGAGCCCGUUCGCAUCGUCAGCGCCCACUGGAAACGGCAUAUGA